CAGUGUUCCGUUGCUUGUACAACUAUUCACUUGUUCGCAGCAACACCUGUGAUCCUCACCGCCCGGAAACAGACCAUAGACACGUAUUGCUGACUGUUGUAGGCUCGCGAUAGCAUCUAUUCUGGAAUCCUUCGAGCCCGGGACACCCGAUUUACCGUAAUUGUCAUACGCGUACCACCGCGUCAUGGCCGGCGGACAGCAAGAUGCCGCUGCGAUCCUCGACGUCGACAGAAGAACAAGUACAGAAGAUAUACGAGUCACUGGAACGACGCAGUCGACUUCAACAAGCUCAGGACCUGAAUCGCGAGCCGAUACGCCACAACGACAACUCGCGUUUUGGAACGUCAACGUGCCGCCAUCCCAGCAUACCCGAGAGUGUCCGGUCUAUCUGCGAUACGCUCUCGAGAAUGCCAAGGAUCAAGGUAUCCUCAGUACACCGGAUGCCUUGUAUCGACGUCAAUCGUGGGAAGAUGUUUGUUCGUUUGUCAAGAACAAUCGUCUGGACUUGUUCCAGAGAGUGCCAAGCGAGUUGCGGUUGUAUCGGGAGUACUGCCAUCAGCUUGUCGAGAGGUAUGGCAGCGUCAUGGAGUUCGUGAUGAAGGAGCGGCUUGGGUGGACGAAUCUCACGCCUUCUGGUCCGCCCUUCUCCAAUCCAGACGAUUACAUGAUCCUUUACAAUGACUGGCCAUAUGGCAUUGACACACGCUGUGUUCACCUCGUAGUCUGGACUAAAUUCUCUCUUCCACCUGAUCCUACGUCAGAAAUCGGUGACUUGUCUCCAGAGACUCGGGCCAUGAUUCAACAUUUUGUUGAUAAGACGUUUGGCACCAAGGACGUGAUCUGGUUCCUUAAUUGGGCCAGUCUCAAAAGUAUACAUUCGGUCGAGCAUUUUCAUGUUCUGAUGUACGAUCCCGAUCCGCAAUUCAUCGAGCGGAUCACGAACGGUGAUGUGCCAUUGAAGGACAAGGUGAAAGAACAGAGGGCAGACUGAGUGGUGCUUGCCUCUUCUUAUCGCACGCUGCCCUUUCCGGAGCCCGCUCGUAAGGAAACUCGGCGAUUCUCACGAGCACCGCCGCGUGAGUACAGAAGCGAUGACUGGACUGGCCAGGGUCAUCUGACCUAUCUACAAUGGCGCGAAAUGGCAUGAACCACGGGCAUCCUGUGGCAUGGAUGACAGCGUUCCAGCACGAUGGUCGAUCUCAGAGCAGCAGCCUGGCCCGGCGAGCACACAUUCUGCUCACCAAACAAAGCCUGCGAGAGCUCGUCAGCUGUUUGCAUGAUGACCUGCGCCGCAAGCACGAAAGGUGCCCACGCCUUCUUCAUGCACAGGCUCUUCGCAUCAUCGCGUGGCUUGCGGCUCUGUGAGCUGCCACCGAACUUGUGUGCGCUUGCCGGAGAAUCAUAGCUAGCUGUAGAGCAGAUAGACAACCCUGAAUGCUGACCUGAGAUGCAUUCGGAUUACGCACAUCGUCCACCUCCCGACGCAUUUUAUACAAUACGUGAGCGCUCGUCAAUAUUGCACAGCAGCGAAAGUGUCUGUGAGACACAUGCCAGAAUGUCACUCUCGCUUCGUGUACGCAGGUACGCAGAUCCAUG